AUGCCAUUCACUGCUCAGUUAAAGGGCAGAACAAAAGCAGAAUCAGUGAGUGGAUGGUACUUUGAAAAUAUAAAUACGAUGAAAACAAACUUCACUGUGACAGAAUUUAUAUUCCUGGGGCUCUCAUCUCAGCCAAAGAUACAGCUCAUUCUUUUUAUUAUGUUCUUAUUCUUCUAUUUAUUAACGGUGGCUGGGAAUAUUAUCAUCAUCACGAUUAUCCAGCUAGAACCUCGUCUCCAAACCCCCAUGUACUUCUUCCUCACCAAUUUAUCUUUUCUGGACAUCUGCUACACAUCCACCAAUGUCCCACAAAUGCUGUCCAACAUGGUGGGGAAGAAGAAGAGCAUCCCAUUCUCUGGCUGUGCUACUCAGAUGUACUUCUCCCUCUCCUUUGGAAUGAUUGAAUGUGUUCUUCUGGGUGUCAUGGCUUAUGACAGAUAUGUAGCCAUUUGCCAUCCCCUUAAUUAUAUUGUCAUUAUGGACCGAAGCACCUGUGUCCGACUGGCAACCAUUUCUUGGUCCAGCAGCUUUCUGAGUUCCAUGGUUAUCAAUGUCCUCACUUUGAGUCUGCCAUACUGUGGGCCCAAUAUCCUCAAUCACUUUUUCUGUGAGGUACCUUCUGUCCUGAGGUUGGCUUGCACUGACACCUCACUUACUGAGUUGGUCGUUUUUGUCUUCAGUAUCAUCACUGUUUUCAUUCCUUUCCUCUUAAUUGUUGUUUCCUAUGUCAGAAUUUUUCAGUCUGUCCUGAGGAUACAGUCAGCCUCUGGGAGGCACAAGGCACUGUCCACAUGUGCCUCCCAUUUGACAGUGGUAGCCUUAUUCUAUGGAACGGGCAUCUUCAUGUACAUGAGACCUCAAUCAAAGUCCUCUCGGGCGGGGGGCAAGAUCUUUGCAGUGUUUUAUACUGUGAUCACACCUAUGCUCAACCCCUUGAUCUACAGCCUAAGGAACCAAGAUGUAAAAGAAGCUUUCAGGAGAGCUAUUGCAAAACAGAGGACUUGAGAGCUGAAAAUGGGACACUAAGUUUAACGGCUAAUCUAAAAUCAUUGAGUUCUGACUAUGAAGUGACAGAGUGAAAAAUAGCUGGAAUAAAAAACAGGUAAAUCCUGAUGUAAACUCAGUAGGACAAAAGUGUUUCUCCCAAGGACAUACUGUAACUUUAAAGUGUCAAAACCAGCCCCUUUAUUGAGGAACAGCUGUUUUCUCACUCACUGA